GCAUGGCUUAAGUGGCGGGGUCUGUCUGGAGUCCUAUGUGAUAGCCGCAUGCCGAUUAAAACAAAAGGCAAAGUAUAUAAAACAGCAGUGAGACCAGCUAUGCUUUACGGAUCCGAAUGCUGGGCCAUGAAAAAAUGCCACGAGCAAACCCUGCAUGUCAACGAGAUGAAAAUGCUGCGCUGGGCUGGCGGUGUCACGAGAAUAGACUGGAUCAGCAAUGAAUACAUCCGCGGAAACUUCAAAGUCGCCCGAAUCCAAGACAAACCUCUCGAAAAUAGAUUAAGGUGGUAUGGGCACACGCAGAGAAGAGGAAUGAACUAUGUCGUCAACAUUGCCCGAAAUCUUCCCGAAACACCAAGAGGGAGAGGCAGACCAAAAUCCACAUGGUGGUCUACAAUCCAAAAGGACCUACGAACCCUAAACACCACGGCUGAGACAACCCAGAACCGUGAGAUCUGGCGCAAAUUGACAAGUAGACCCGACCCCACAUAGGUGGGAAAAGGAAAGGAAGAAGAAGAGGUAAGCAGAUUUACGAAGAUAUGCUUAAUACCUUUGGAGAACAAUCUCCUUCGUAUGCGACCGAGAA